UAUUUGCAAAUUCAUUUUGUUAAAAAAAUAGAAUAAAAUAAAAUGUGUGCGAAAAUAUUUUGAGCGUUUAACCAAGUGUCGUUGAGUGACCGAACGGAAUGUGUGCUGGUGAAAAAUAAUUCAUUAAUAAUAAAAGUGUGGCAAAAAGGUGCAAAAACAUUAGCAAACAACAAAAAAAAAUUUACAGAAGUUGAAACUAAAAAAUUUUGAGUAAAAAAUUAAAAUAAAAUAGCAACAUAAACAAUAAAAAAGAUAAGUAAAAAAAAUUCUAAACAAAAUAUUGGAAAAAAUAGUAAUAGAAAAAGCGCAAAAUAUUAUUUGAAAAUAAAUUCCAAAGAAAGUUUAGUAAAAUAUAACAACAAAAACAAUACAAAAAAUAUGCAGCAGAUUUAUUGAAAAAAUAACAACAAAAGCAAUACAAAAAAUACGCAGCAAAAACAUAUGUAUGUACAAUAUUAAAGGAAAACACAACAACAAAAACAAUAUGAAAAGUUAUUAAAGCAAAACAAACAUAAUUGGAAGUCUUGUCAAUUGUCAUAGUUAUUUACUUCAAGUGUUUGAUUAACUGUUUUUUUUUUGUCGUUUUCAGCGUUGUGACAGUUUCACGUGAUUGCCAUUGAAUCGCGCGCUCGUCUGCACUGCUCGCGCACCUUUGCGGCUUGCCUACACAUUUGACCGCAAGUAAUUUAUGGUAUUUUAUGGUGCGAAAGUGCAAAUAAAAGUAAAAAAAGCAAAGCAUAAAAAAUAAGUAAAAAAAAUUAUAAAAAUAAUUGAGAGAAAAAGUUGAAGCAAAACGGCAAACUCAACAACAAAUUGUGCGCAAUCGACGUUUGAUAAGAAAGGCAAGCUGCAAUAAAUAAUAAAAAAAUUACAAAAAAAAUAAAAAAAAACGGCAUUCAACUGCUAAAAACUCGCUUUUUGCGCUUACGUGUAACGUAAAAGUAAUUAAAAACGGAAACCGUAAAUUUUUCGUUGCUCGCGCUUCAAGUGCGGCAAGUUAUGUAGUAGUGCUAGUGUUUGUGAUUUUGUGGAAAUUUUUGUUCUUCUACUUUUAUUUUUGCCUUCGCUAUUUGACUAUCAAUUGACAGAUCUGCGCUCUGGCUGCCCGAUAGCGCUGUGUGCUUUACCAAAAAGUCAAUCGGCCAGUUAGUCAGUCAAUCACCUGCGUACGGCAAUCAAUUCUUUAGUCACCAGUUUGGUAUUUAUUUAUUUAAUGCUGCUGUUGACCUGCGUUGACAAAGUGAAGCCAUUGAAGUUAUUGUGUAAUAGUAAUUUGUGUGCCCAAGUGUACUAGUAGCAGUGUAUUAAAUAACGUCAAAUACAAGAAGAAGUAAUAGCAGACGCAGCAAUAAAAGUCUUCAGUUGUUUACUGUAUGGACCCAACCCAAUCCUACUGCUGGCGCACAAAUCUCGAGGCGAAAUGACUAAAUAAGACUGAAAAGAAAAGAAAUAAAACGAAAACGCUUAAAAAAUAAGCGUGAAGAACCGUGUGACCAGGCGGAGUAAUCAAAUCACAGAGACGACGACAACGACAGCGAAUGGAUAAAUUCAACAAACGAUUAAACCACGAGUAAAAAGCUAAUUGACGAGUUGGUAAUUACGCAUGCGCGCCGGUCUGUGGCGUGUGGGUAAGCUGUUGCGGCAAACGUGCGGCGAAAAAGUGGACAAACCAGCAAAACUUGCCAAUCACACAAAAACAAAAAGAAAACGGGAACAAAAAAGCGCAGAAAAAAUUUAAUUAAAAGCAAAUUCUAUGCGCUGCAAGAGAUAGAUUAACAAAGCGCACAACAGCAAGAACAACAACACAAAAGCCAACUAUGCGCUGAGCACAAAAAACCAUGAAAAAGUUUAUCUUUCUUUUUUAACGCCACACACACGCGCAUGCAUACAUAUACACAUGCACACUUACUAUCUCAGCACACAAGCAAGCAAAAAUUUACAUAUCAACGCCACAGCGCGCGCUUCCAAAGCGAACGUCAAACGUUAAAUAAGAUAACCAAUAAUAAAUAAAUACACCGCGACAAACAUGGUCAAGGGCAUUUUGGUGAACCGCAAAGCGGAUGACGCGCACAAGGCGCAGCUGAAAAUGGAGCACGCCGACCUCGUCGCCGAGAUGCAAACGGUGGAAAAUCUGCCGACGCACGAGCGCCUGCAGCUGGCGCGACUCCGCCGCACACAACAGCUUAAGGUCGCGCGUCAAAAGGAGAAGGAGUGGCUGAAAUUGCAACGCGCCAAAGGUAACGCGACCUCAGCGCUCAGCGGCAGUCACACCACACAUCACUUUCGCUCGAACUCGGGCAGCGCCAGCCGCCACAUAUCCUUCGAGAGCAGCGUUGUGCUGCUGGAGGCUGCCAGCCGCAAUGAUAUGCACGAAGUGGCCGAGCUGCUGGAGCGUGGCAUUACGCCGGAUGCGGCGAAUGAGGACGGCCUGACGGCGCUACAUCAAUGUUGCAUCGAUAAUAAUGUUGAAAUGUUGCGCCUGCUGUUGGAGUAUGGCGCGAAUGUGGACGCGCAGGAUAGUGAUAAAUGGACGCCAUUGCAUGCGGCUGCCACAUGCGGACACUUGGAGCUGGUGCGCAUACUGAUCGAUCAUGGUGCGAAUUUGUUGGCGGUGAAUACGGAUGGUAAUAUGCCGUACGAUCUGUGCGACGAUGAGAAUACCUUGGACUACAUAGAGGCUGAGAUGUCGAAGCGCGGCGUGACGCAGGAGCUGAUCGAUGAAACGCGCUCAUCGACGGAACGACAAAUGCUGAAGGAUCUGAUGGAGGUGGCGCGCACGGGCGGCGAUCUUGAGGAGCCGGACUACCAGGGUGCUACGCCGCUACACAUAGCUGCGGCAAAUGGCUAUGUGCGCGUGGUGGAGUUCCUGCUGGAGAUGCAUGUCAAUGUGGACGCGGUGGACAAAGAUAUGUGGUCGCCGGUGCAUGCGGCAGCAUGUUGGGGUCAUUUGGAGGUGCUAGAAAUGCUUGCGCAAUGUGGUGCCGAUCUGAAUGCCAAAAAUAAGGAUGACGAAACGCCUUCAGAUAUUUGCGAGGAUCCUGAGAUACGCGAACGCAUCGAACAGCUGAAAACUGAGCAGGAGAGUAAACGUCUGGCAGAGGCGCAACGGCGACGUGUGCGACGCUCACAAAGCAAUAACACGCGCGCCCAGUCUGUGCGCCGCACCUCCCUGCGCGACAAGACGCUAACAACCAAAAAGGACGCCGUCGAAGAGGCGCGUCUGCGUUUACAAGCACAAGAAGUCUUCAUUGCACCGGACGGCACAACGCACGCCGAUACAAAUGGUCUCAGCAGCAGCAGCAGCAGCAACACUACCAAUAAUCAUCAUUCCACGUUGGCGCUAUUGGAUGGCGUCAACGACUCGACAGCCGCCACAACACUUGCCUCCACGCACGACUACAAUUGGCUCACGAAAGCGCCAACAAAUAACAAUAACAACGCCAACAACAAUAAUAAUAAUAACAAUACGAUUAGUAGUAAUAAUAACAACGAUAAGAAAGUGGCAGCAUAUACAGCUAGUCUUGCAGCGGCGGCGUCGGCAACCACAACGACAACAACAAACGGUAGUGUUAACACGUAUUUGCCGCAUUCGCUGUCCGCCAUGGAUGUGAUGGAUGCCUCGUCGCAUGCAUUUAAUUCACGUCGACCGCCAGAGGGUCGUGAAAAUGACGAAUUACAGUUGAACGCCUACAAAGCCGGUGGCGGCGAACAUCAUCGUUCGACAUCGGCGUCAGCAAUGAUUGUUAGCGAUCGUAAUAACAUGGCAGCGGCGGCCGCAUCGACGGUCGGCCCGGAUGCGGUGCACAUACAGUCCAGUAAGGAGGCGGCGAAUGGCAAGAUAAAUGUGCAAGUGACAGUGCUCGUGGGAGCCGCCAACAACACCAGCAACACGAUCAACAAUCAUCUGCACACCGGCAGCGCCAACAACAACAAUUCAAUACUUGCGAACGACACGAGCAGCGGUGCGGUGCAUCAGCAACCGCUGAGCGGCGGUCUACAUCCCAGUCACUUAGAGUUUAACAACGGUACGGGUGCGGGUGGUGGUGGUGGUGGUAGUAUAACGAGCGGUGGCGAGCAGUCGACCGGCUACUCGAACGCCUCGUCGAUGAACAAGUUUAGCGGUAUAACGGGUGAUGUAGUUAGUGAUAGCACGAGUUCCAAAAAAUGCUGUACGCUAAUGUGAACGAAAGUGCGCAACAAGUGGUUGGUUGGUGCGACGGAGAUGAUGUAGCAGCGGGACAGUAUUCGCAGUUGGCAUUUUCAAUUUGAUGGAUGUUGCUUGCCAGCGCAUAUUUAACAUACAUACAUGCUAUAUGUAGUAUUUUUAUAAACAUACAUAUAUGUAUAUGUAAUAUACAUACAUAUAUAUAUAUAUAUGUAAUAUACAUAUGUAUAUAUUCGUGCAGCUGGUGCGGCAUUUGUUGCAACAAUUUAACAGGGUAUUAAAUAUAUGUUUGUAUGUAGCGGGUAUGCCAGUGUAUUUUUUGACAAGUUGUUGCACUACAAACACACACACACGUACUAUGUACAUCACAAAAUAUGCAGAAAGUACACUUCUUUCGUUGUAAACUCUAUUCACCAAACACACCACUUAUGUUUUAUUUUUGUUGGAAAGCUGUGUGCAUUACUUUGGUGCACUAAUACAAGGGUAGGCUACAGUCGGCAGUUGUUGGUGCUGGAAAAACAGUUUUUUCUUAAUGACAAUAUAAAAAUUAACUAAAAUUAAAAAAAAAAUUCAAUUUUAAAUUUUUUCGAAAUUUUUUUUCAAUUCAAUUUUUUCAAUUUAAAUUUUUUCGAAAUUUCUUAAAUUGCAAUUUUUGUGCGCAAGAAAAUACUAACUUAAGUACGGAGUUAGUAUUUUUUAAGAUUGCAUUAUUUGUUUUUGAAAUGAUUUAAAAACUUAAAUAUUUAAAAACAUUUCGAACUUUAUAAAAACAAAUGCGUAAUUGUUUUAAAUAUUUUUUAUAAUUAUUGUAUAUUUUUCUUUAAAUUUUCAAAUUAAAAAUUUAAUAAAGCGUUCCUGUGGCAACUUCUUAGUUGACUUAAAGCUAAAAAGACCACACAAUAAUAAUAAGAAAUAAAUGAUAUUCGAGCUAACUACAAAAUAGCAUUGAAAAAUAAAAUUGUUCCUGUGGCAGCUUCUUAGUAGACUUAAAGUUAAAAGACCACAUAAUUAUAAUAGAAAAUAUAUGAAAUUCAAGCUGGCAACAAAAUAAUUUUGAAAAAUAAAAUUUUCGAACUCGAAUUUUCGAACUUUAUGAAAAUUAAUUUGUAUCUUAUUCCCUUUGUUUUAUACUGUAAAACGAUUUUAAUUUUGUAAUUAAAGAAAAUGCACAUAACUUGUAAUUUUUUUAACCCAAGCUAACUUUCGAAAUUACUGAAAAUUAAUUUGUAUGUAUACAUUUUUUCCAUAAUCUUCGAAUUUUAUAAAAAAGUAGAUAAUUUUUUUUUUUUUUUUAACUCAAGUUCACAAAAAAUAAUUUUGAGAGAACAAAUUUUCGAACUUUAAGAAAAUAUAAAUGUAUUAUUUUCUUUUUCUUCUAUAAUUUUUUUAAUUAGUUUUGAAAACUUAAAUUUUCGAGUAAAAAUGUUCACAUUUAUGUAUUUUUUUUUAACUCCAGCUAAUUACAAAUUACUGCAGGCUAGUUUAAAAUUUAAAUUUAACUACAAAUGAUUUUAAAAAUCAAAUUUGAAAAAUUUAAAUUAUAAAAAAAAAUAUAAAAUUAAUUUUUCAAACACAUUUCUUCAAAAAACAUUUUACAAAAAUUUCUGAAACAAUUCUAAAACAUUAAAAACAAAAUAAUUUUCACCCAUUCCCAAAAAUAAGCACCAACAACCUGCAACUGUUCAGCCGAAAAAAAUGCAUAGCGUGCUUUUAGGCGCUGCUCGAAAAAAACAUAAAGCCACUAAUCUUACCAAUGCAUCACAAAAACUAGUUAAAAAUUGUAUAACUAUAGUUAAACACAUUGUAAAGUAUAUAAAAAAUAUAUUAUUUAUUACAAUAAAAACAAAUUAUACAUAGAAGGGCAUUUGAAUCAAAACAAAAAAAACUCAAAGUAAACCAUACGGCAUAUGUAUAUGUGAGCAUAAAUAUGCCAUAGUAAGUAGUUAAUGAAGUCAACAAAAAGUUGUUAGUAAAAAAUUAUAAACUUCACAUGUAUUUACUAGUAUUGUAUACAAAAAUUGCUGAGCUGUCUUUUAUUAUAAAAAAGUGAUACAAAUUAAGCAAAAAUAUAAUUUAAAAAAUUAAGCAACAUUAUAUAAAAAAAUAAUGAAAGCUAAAUUAAAAAAAAUAAAGUAAAAAUUAAUUUAAAAAAAUAAAGCAAAAUUAAAUAAUGUAUUAUAACUAAAUAAAAAAAAUUAAAAAAAAUAAGUAUAAAAAAAUGUAAGAUAAGCUUAAAAGUAAAAAUAUAACUGCUAACUAUAACAAAUGACAAAAUGAGCUAUAAAGCAGCACAGCGACGCAUACAUAUAUAAAAUAUACAUAUACAUAUAGUAUAUAAAAGAAAGCAAAGCAAAUGUAAAGCAAGUGUCUUUUAGUAUGUUAGGCAUUUAUUGUUAUUUUUUCUUGCUAAAUUUAUGCUAUUUUUAUUGUUAAAAAGUGUGAAACGAAAAAACUAACAUUUAAGCAGUGUGAACAAGUUGUUAUUUUGCAAGAAGAAAACUUAUUUACUUCAUAUUAACGGUAUUUAGUGAGUGGCAUAUGUGCUGGACUAUUUUUGAAUUUAGUAUGAAGUGCUAAGUAAUAAAACUUAAUAAAAAAAUGUGUGCUGCAAUGCCAGAGCAACUCUGAUCGCUUAUGAAAAAAAAAUACACAACCAACUAAACAAGCAAAUUUGCAGGUUGAGCGCCUAAAAUGCCAGCAAAUUACUUUUUUCUAACAAAAUUUGACAUUAACUAAAAUUAAACGACUUAAAAGCAAUACUUUGCAAGGAUGCAUGCCAGGCAUAAAGAGUGAUCAACUUGGUUUUUUAAGCUUUAUGAAUAUUACUUUUGUAAAAUGUAUAAACAAAUACUUAUUAUAUAUUACUUAUGUAUAUAUUAUGUAUGUAUAGUUAGUUUUUAGCUGUAAAUGCUAUUUAAUAACUGUUAAUAAAGUUAAGCGGUGGAAUAAAUUUUAAUUUUCGCUGAAAAUUUUAAAAUUUUAUACUUUCCACAUUAACUGUAAAUAUAUCGAAAUGCAACACGCUUCCGGUUACAUUAUUUAUUACACUUUUUCUUCAUAUACCAUAUGGUAAAUAUGUAUUUCUCAGAAGUCCGUCGAUCGCUUAGCUCUAUUUCUUUAUAUUAAAUGGUAAACGAAAGCAAAUUUAAAAAUUUAAUAUAAAAUGUGAAUUGAAAGUUAUGGCCUUAUUUGUUAACUAUAAAAUAUCUUAAUUAUGUACAUAUGUACUACACAAUGUAACAACUAUUAUAUAUUAUAAAUUAUAUUAUAAUGUGUAUUUUUAGUUAUGCAAAUUUAGAGCAAUGAUUGAAAGAAAAAUAAAAUUUCAGAAACAAUUAAAACUGUAUUAGAAAUGUAGGCCACGAAAAGUAUGUAUGUAUAACUAAAUAUUUAAAUAAAAACUAUAUUUAAAAUUAUAUCUAUGUAUAAUUGAAAAAUUGAAAAUAUAAACAUUAGUUAAUUGAAAAGAAUAAAAAAGAAAUGCAUAUAAAUAUUA